GUCAACAUGUCCUCCAACUGCUAUUCUGGAAGCUUCUCUUCUCGCUCCUUCGGGGGCUACCUGCAACAACGGGGCUCCUCCUGCGGCUCCUUCUACCCCAGCAACGUGUUCCACUGCCCUGAUCUACAAACUCCCGUCACCCACCAGCUGGGCUCUUCUCUCUUCAGUGGCUGUCAGGAGACGUGCUGCGAGCCCGCCAGCUGCCAGACUCCCUGUGUGGUGUCCAAGCCCUGCCAGACGUCCUGCUACCGCCAGAGGCCCUCCGCGUUCUACAGCCCCUGUCGGACCGCUUUCUCCGGAUCCCUGGGCUUUGGGUCCAGGGGCUUUCAAUCUGUUGGUUGUGGCUCCCCGUUCCUGGGCUUUGGAUCCCGUGGUUUCCAAUCAGUGGACUGUGGUCCCCACACCUUCUCAUCCCUAAAUUAUGGAUCUAACUUUUACCGUCCCUCCUAUUUCUCCUCAAGAAGUUGCCAGUCUGCUUCUUACCACCUACCCUGUGGAUCUGGCUUCUACUGA